UCCCUCUUGUGUGGGUUGAAAUAUAAAGCUCGUAAUUGCGAGUGUAGGAUAUAAAAUCUCCGUUUCUCUUUAAUGCGAUUCAUUUGGAAGACGAUCUUGCCAGCUAUGGGACUAGAGCCGGGAGCCUUUUUGUGAAAGGCGGGAGUAAAUAUGCCAAAUGUCGGCGUACACCCUCUCUCAACACCAUCAUAUGUAAUCUUCACAAUAGACAUUCAACUUAACAAUUUGAAUUGGUGAAAACAAUAACUUUACAAUAAAAAAAUAAUAUACAGAUGAACAUUUGAAAACAAUGCGAACUUAAAAGUAAUUAUUUCAUAUAACGAUUUAGAUUCGAAGAAAAAGAUUAUUUGUUAAAGAAAAUUGAGCAACAAGUUGGUAAAAAACAAGUUUCAAACAACAACAAUACCUUAUAGAGAAGAAAUACAAAAGCAAAGUCAUUAUGGGAAACUCCUUGAAAAAGACAAAAAUAAAAACACUCGAUGUCAGUAAGGAAAUGAAAUCCAACAAAGACCCCACGAGUAAACACCGAGCGCAGUUAGAGACAAAUACAAAUUCGUUAGCAGCAGCCAUUGCAGAUGUCCGAGGUCGAGAAUUAGAUCGUAUUGAUGAGGGCGCAGAGACACACAAGCGAGACAUUGACGAACUAGCUACUAGGAAGAAGGCCGAGAUUACACAGCACCAGCAGCAGAAGGAGGAAGCCAUCAAACCGGCAUCAGACAUUGUAUAUGCCGGGGAUCAAGAAAUGGAACAUAUUGAUGAGGGCGCAGAAGCACACAAACGAGACAUUGACACACUAGCUACUAGGAAGAAGGCCGAGAUUACACAGCACCAGCAGCAGCGGCAGGAGGAGGACGAAACCUUCAGAGCGGACUCGACGAAUAAACACAGAGCGCAGUUAGAGACAAAAACAAAUGGGUUAGUAACAGCCAUUGAAGAUGCUGGGGAUCGAGAAUUAGAACGCAUUGAUGAGGGCGCAGAAGCACACAAACGAGACAUUGACGAACUAGCUACUAGCAAGAAAGCCGAGAUUACACAGCCCCAGCAGCACCAUCAGCAGCAGGAGGAGGAUGAAGCCGUCAGAGCGGACUCGACGAACAUACACCAAGCGCAGAUAGAGACAAACACAAAUCUGUGUUUAACAGCCAUUGAAGGAGCUGGUGAUCGUGAAAUAGAACGUAUUUAUGAACACCAAGCGCAGAUAGAGACAAAUACAAAUCUGUAUGUAACAGCCAUUGAGGAUGCUGGGGAUCAGGAAAUACAACGUAUUGAUGAGGAUGCAGAAGCCCACAAGCAAGACAUUGACGAACUAGCUACUAGGAAUAAGGCAGAGAUUAACAAGCACCACCAGCAGGUGGAUGAAGCCAUCAGAGCGGCCAUUGAAGAUGCAGGGGGUCGAGAAAUAGAACGUAUUGAUGAGGGCGCAGAAGCACACAAACGAGACAUUGACGAACUAGCCACUAGAAAAAAGACCGAAAUUACACAGCACCACCAGCAGCAGCAGCAUCAUCAUCAACAGCAGCAGCGACAACAGGCGGAAAAAGCCUUUAGAGCGGAGCUAAAAGAAACUCUACUAAACGACCAUUUAAAACGCAACUCGUUCCUUUCGCUUGGACCGUUUAUUUCUUCGGAUGAUUCACGUCUGAAGGAAUUUUACGUUUCUCCAACGCUGUCUGAGGUUUUACAACAACGGAUAAGCAAGAAGAACGGACCAAGGGAACAUAAGACACGUCCGAUUACAUCCCUUGAACAAAUGUUGACUCCUGCUGAUAGAACGAAGCAAUUUACAAUCAUAACCGCGAAUGCUGGUGUUGGUAAAACAUCGUUUUGUAAGUUUUUAGCUGUUUUGUGGUGCGAGUUACAUGGUCACAAGACGGAUACAAUCAGCACAUUUAAAGAGAGGUUUGUCAUUCGUUUUGAAUCUUUAGAAGACAUACCCUAUCUUCUCUACAUUCCAAUGAAGGAUAUUCCACCACACAGCACCCAUUCCAUUGAAGAAAUUAUUUUUGCGCAUUUAGAGAAUGUGAUUGGAUACUCUAAGCAAGAUCGAGACAGAUUGAGAAGAGUUUUCAUGGACGAACGAUGUUUGGUCAUCUUAGAUGGAAUGGACGAGUCUUCCUUGUCAAAGCUUGACUCAGCAAUGGCCAAACGGAAGUACAGCAUUAUUAUUACAUGCCGCCCGUGGAAACUCGCAGAUACGGUAUUACCGAAGUACAUGCAUGUUAAUAUUGAUGAUCUCAGUCGCAUUUCACAAACUAACCUGUUUGAACACGUGAAUAAAAUCUUAAACGCACAAUAUUCAACCAUAUUUGAAGUUCAGGAUUUCUUAGCAACUUUGGAGGCUAGGAAACUGCAGCCUCUAUCCUCCAACACGCUCGUGGGUCUGCAACUAUACAGUCUCUGGCAUGACCAACGUAUGGACGACGAAACAUCAGAAAAUAACAAAACAAGUAUGACGCUUGGACCAACAAGAUCACACAUCUAUGCAGACAUAUUAGAAACGAUGUUCAGUCUAGAAAUUAAAAAGAGAAAAGAAUUUUCAGAACGUCCACAAAAUAAAAUUCCCACACAAAGACCUCUUCCUAAAUGCUUUGAGGGACGGAAAUUGUGUAAAGCAAAAUCCUGUUUGAUUUAUGAAACAGGCAAGAUUGCUCUCAAUAUGUUAGUUAACUCGAAGAUCGAGUUUGAUGAGAAAACCAUGCAUUCGUUACUAGAUGGGCAAUUUCUUUUAGAUUCAGGACUCAUUUCAGCCUAUAGGUCACACAAGUGCAGUAUUGAAAACAAAGUGUACCAUUUUCUACACAAAACCUACCAGGAAAUGUUUGCAGCAAUAUAUAUUUCGUCACUGAAUUUCACGAGUAAAGACUGGCUUAAGCUUGAAGACAACUUCGAUACUGUGUUUUCACCGGACAUAAUGUCAUUCUUGUGCGUGAUGAAUUACGAGCAGGGCCGGCGAUGUUCGGAAAUAUUCGGCAACAUGGAGCGGAAGUUUUACAGAGAAUACACAUUUUAUACCAAUGAGAUAAUCGAAUACCAAGAGGCCGUGCAACUGGCGUACAACGAAUGUGUGAACAAUGGUGUGUCAGAGCCGCAAGACAUGCAAGGUUAAAUAGGGAAAUCGCUGCGUCAACACGUCCACUCUUGCAACACAACCUUGGCGAACUGUAUUCGUGUGUUAUUGAAUGUUCCGAAGAAUACCCUGCUAAUACAAGCAUUACAAGCAUGGAACAACUUAACACAUUAUACAUAUCGAGUGAAGAAGAGGGCAAUGCUUCUCUACAAAGUAUUCCAACAUUGUUUCUUAACAAAUUAACAGUUCUUUGUCUAUCCGAUUUGAACAUAGAAACUGAUAAUC